UCAAGUCCAAAUUAAAGUCUAAAGAUGAAGUUGUGGACUCUGCUAUGAGUCAGUGUGAGGACAGAGAGGAGGGAGUCCCUCCCUCUAAAACCACUCUGUGUGGGGAACAUGACAGCCAGACCAAAGCUCAGAGCUCAGAGAAGCAACACAGACCUGGACCCGGACCUGGACCCAGCUGUGUGUCCUUCAAGAGUGACGACUCAAUGGAGUUUGGUGUUGAUUUUAAACAACAUGACAAAAAGAUCCAUCAGAGACCAGACUGUCCUGAAGCUGAAUCCAGUUGUGUGUCCAUGAAGAGUGAUGAGUCUAUGGGUCAUCCUCCAGUCUUCAAAGAUGGACGCCACUCUGUUGAUCAAAGAGUGGACCAGGAGAGCUCAGAGGUUCCCAGUGGUCAGUCUGCCCAGCAGCAUCAAACACACCUGGACUCCAUAUUUAUGCUGCUGGAGGAGAACAUCUGCACUUUUGUGAAGAAAGAGCUGAAGAAGAUCCAGAAGGUUCUGAGUCCAGAUUACCCAGAAUGCUCAGAGAGUCAGAGGGAGGAUGAGGACGUGUUGGACGGUGAGGAUGAAGAGCAGAGGAGGAACAGCAGAGAGGCAUUUCUGAAGAUCACACUGCACUUCCUGAGGAGAAUGAAGCAGGAGGAGCUGGCUGACCGUCUGCAGAGCAGAAGUCUUGCUGCAGGUGGUAAGCGGAAACUCAAAUCUAAGCUGCAGAAGAAGUUCCAGUGUGUGUUUGAGGGGAUUGCUAAAGCAGGAAACCCAACCCUUCUGAAUCAGAUGUUCACAAAGAUCAACAUCUCAAAGGGAGGGACUGCAGAGGUCAAUGAUGAACAUGAGGUCAGACAGAUUGAAACAGCAUCCAGGAAACCGGACAGACAAGAAACAACAAUCAGACAAGAAGACAUAUUUAAAGCCCAAUCUGGAAGAGAUGAACCAAUCAGAACAGUGAUGACAAAGGGAGUGGCUGGCAUCGGGAAAACAGUCUUAACACAGAAGUUCACUCUGGACUGGGCUGAAGACAAAGCCAACCAGGACAUCCAGUUCACAUUUCCAUUCACCUUCAGAGAGCUGAAUGUGCUGAAAGAGAAAAGGUACAGCUUGGUGGAACUUGUUGAUUACUUCUUUGGUGAAACCAAAGAAGCAGGAAUGUGCAGGUUUGAAGAGGUUGUGUUCAUCUUUGACGGUCUGGAUGAGUGUCGACUUCCUCUGGACUUCCACAACACUAAGAUCCUGACUGAUGUUACAGAAUCCACCUCAGUGGGUGUGCUGCUGACAAACCUCAUCAGGGGGAAACUGCUUCCCUCUGCUCGCCUCUGGAUAACCACACGACCUGCAGCAGCCAAUCAGAUCCCUCCUGAGUGGGUUGACAUGGUGACAGAAGUCAGAGGGUUCACUGAUCCACAGAAGGAGGAGUACUUCAGAAAGAGAUUCAGAGAUGAGGAACAGGCCAGCAGAAUCAUCUCCAACAUCAAGACAUCACGAAGCCUCCACAUCAUGUGCCACAUCCCAGUCUUCUGCUGGAUCACUGCUACAGUUCUGGAGGACGUGUUGAAGACCAGAGAGGGUGGAGAGCUGCCCAAGACCCUGACUGAGAUGUACAUCCACUUCCUGGUGGUUCAGUCCAAAGUAAAGAAUGUCAAGUAUGAUGGAGGAGCCGAAACAGAUCCACACUGGAAUAAAAAGAGCAGGAAGAUAAUAGAGUCUCUGGGAAAACUUGCUUUUGAGCAGCUGCAGAAAAGGAACCUGAUCUUCUAUGAAUCAGACCUGACAGAGUGUGGCAUCGAUAUCAGAGCAGCCUCAGUGUACUCAGGAGUGUUCACACAGAUCUUUAAAGAGGAGAGAGGACUGUACCAGGACAAGGUGUUCUGCUUCAUCCAUCUGAGUGUUCAGGAGUUUCUGGCUGCUCUUCAUGUCCAUCUGACAUUCACCAACUCCGGAGUCAACUUGCUGGCAGAAGAACAAACAACCUCCUGUCAGUGGUUUCUACAUAGAAACAAACCUGAAUCAAAACUUUUCUACCAGAGUGCUGUGGACAAGGCCUUACAGAGUCCAAAUGGACACCUGGACUUGUUCCUCCGCUUCCUCCUGGGUCUUUCACUGCCAACCAAUCAAAGUCUCCUACGAGGUCUGCUGACACAGACAGGACGUAGCUCAAAGACCAAUCAGAAAACAGUUGAGUACAUCAAAAAGAAGAUCAGUGAGAAUCUGUCUGCAGAGAGAAGCAUCAAUCUGUUCCACUGUCUGAAUGAACUGAAUGAUCGUUCUCUAGUGGAGCAGAUCCAACAGUCGCUGAGUUCAGGAAGUCUCUCUGCAGAUAAACUGUCUCCUGUUCAGUGGUCAGCUCUGGUCUUCAUCUUACUGUCAUCAGAAAAAGAUCUGGAUGUGUUUGACCUGAAGAAAUACUCUGCUUCAGAGAAGGCUCUUCUGAGGCUGCUGCCAGUGGUCAAAGCCUCCAACAAAGCUUUGCUGAGUGGCUGUAAGCUGUCAGAGGUAAGCUGUGAAGAUCUGUCCUCAGUUCUCAGCUCCCAGUCAUCUAGUCUGAGAGAGCUGGACCUGAGUAAGAAUGAGCUGCAGGAUUCAGGAGUGAAGCAGCUGUCAGCUGGACUGAAUAGUCCACACUGCAGACUGGAAACUCUCAGGCUAAGUGGCUGUAACCUGUCAGAGAGAAGCUGUGAAGCUCUGUUCUCAGUUCUCAGCAUCCAGUCCUCUAGUCUGAGAGAGCUGGACCUGAGUAACAACGAACUGAAGGAUUCAGGAGUGAAGCAGCUAUCAGCUGGACUGAAUAGUCCACACUGUAAACUGGAAACUCUCAGGUUGAGUGGCUGUAACCUGUCAGAGAGAAGCUGUGAAGCUAUGUCCUCAGUUCUCAGCUCCCAGUCCUCUAGUCUGAGAGAGCUGGACCUGAGUAACAACAUACUAAAGAAUUCAGGAGUGGAGUUUGUGUUAGCUGGACUGGAUAGUCCACACUGCAAACUGGAAACUCUCAGUCUGUCAGGCUGUCUGAUCUCGGAGGAGGGCUUUACUUCUUUGGCCUCAGCUCUGAGCUCCAACCCCUCCUAUCUGAGUGACCUUGACCUGAGCUACAAUCAUCCAGGAGACUCAGGAGUGGAGCUGCUGUCAGCUGGACUUAAGGAUCCAAACUGGAGACUGGACACUCUCAGGACAGACCAUGGUGGACUGCAGAGACUGAGACCUGGUGUGAGGAAAUAUGUCUGUGAACUGGAUCUGGACACAGACACAGUGAACAGAUACCUCAAACUGUCUGACAACAACAGGAAGGUGACACAUGUGGAGGAGGAUCAGCCAUAUCCUGAUCAUCCAGACAGAUUUGACUACUGGUAUCAGCUGCUGUGUAGAAAUGGUCUGACUGGAUGCUGUUACUGGGAGGUCGAGAGGAGAGGAGCAGUUCAUAUAUCAGUGAGCUACAGAGGAAUCAGCAGGAGAGGAGACAGUAAAGACUGUGUGUUUGGAUUGAAUGAUCAGUCCUGGAGUCUGUUCUGCUCUGAUGAUAAUGGUUACUCUGUCUGGCACAAUAACAGAGUAACAGUCCUCACUUCCUCCUCUGUCUUUAACAGAGUAGCAGUGUAUGUGGACUGUCCUGCCGGCUCUCUGUCCUUCUACACAGUCUCCUCUGACUCACUGAUCCACCUCCACACCUUCAACACCACAUUCACUCAACCUCUUUAUCCUGGGUUUGGGGUCGGUCCUGGUUCCUCAGUGUCUCUGUGUUCUGUGCAGGUCUGAGAUACACUGUAUAAAGCUAGCUGAGUGAAUGUUCUUUGAUAACUGAUUUGUUUUGUAAUUAACUUUUAUAUUCAAGUAAAACAACUGAGGCUUUGAGCCAAAGACUAAAAUAUUAAAGUCUGAAACUGA